AUGGAUAUGGAACAAGAUGGUACGUCCAAGAAGGAUGCUGCCAGUGAAGACCUAAAUGCAACAAGGAAAGAAGCAGAGGAAACCAACUCCACGGCGGACAAAAUGGAAACUUUGGCUUCUCAAGAACCGAGGGAGUACAUAUCACAAAAUAGGACCACACUGGCCAGCAAGGUGACAGCAAAAUUUAAGAAGAUUCUGGGGAAAGCUAAGCCCAGGAAGAAGAGAACUACGCAGUAUCCGAUCGUAGGAGCCGUACUCAAAUUUCAUAAAGAUGAUGAUGUGUAUCAUCCUGCAGAUGCAGGACUGCAGCAGCUGCACUACAAAGAGAUGUAG